UUCCAGCACUUAUAACCAGCUGGUAGCCCAAAAAUAAAAGCAGAAAGCAGAAAAAGUCCCUUAGAAGCUCUUCAUACCGAACAGAGAGGCUGUGACAGAGGAAGUGGGAGACAGAGGGUAUAUUGUUUAUCGGUUUCCAGUACAAGAGUGUGGAAGAAUAAUACACCCCUGUACUCUUGUUAUCUCACAGCCGGUCUGCUCCCACAGCAACAGCCUCCAUCACCAGAGUGAAGGUAGGGACUCUUAGCCGGCCAGCCUCAGAGCACGUCCCUGGAUAUUUCCUGUGAGAGGUACAACAAUCGCCAGGAAAAAUGGGAUGCUUUGGAUUCCUCAAAACCAUGAUGGUUUUUUUUAACGGCAUUAUUUUUUUGGCAGGUGCUGCCGUCCUGGGUGUUGGGAUCUGGGUAAAAGUGGACAGCGGCUCCAUCCUGAGCUUCCUCGGCAAGAUUGAAGAUGCACCAGAAGAGCUCAGUCAGGUGCUAAAUGUUGGCUACCUGCUGAUUGCAAUAGGAGCGCUGCUGCUCGUCAUUGGCUUUCUAGGUUGCUGUGGAGCAGUCAAAGAGAGCAAGUGUAUGCUACUGCUGUUUUUUCUCAUCGUCCUGGUGGUCUUCAUAGCAGAAAUUGCUGGAGCAGUGGUGAUCUUGGUAUUCAGACCUUUGGCAGAUGAGUUGUUUACCAAGUUUGGCACAGCAGCAGUCAAGAACAUCAAGAAGGACUAUGGAGAAAAUGCUGACAU